AUGGCGAACGCCGACGCGGAUAAAUCCGCAGACAAGAGCGAAGAGAGCGCUUGCGAAAAGGCAAAGAAUUCGUAUCUGCGCUCGCUGAUAGGCACCUGGGAUUUCCCUGCGCACCGGCUCACGGACGACGAUCUCGCGCAGUGCGCUUUCCUCAUCUUCGAGCACGCGUUCACCAUGCCUGAAGUGGAGUCUCUAGUCCUCACCCGGCACCAGCUCAAGCGGUUUCUCUUCGUUCUCAGACGGUCAUACCAGCCUAUCAACCCAUAUCACAACUUUCGCCAUGUCGUUGACGUUCUCCAGGCUACUUUCUAUUUCUUGCUUUGCAUGCACGCCAUCCCACCCCUUCCUCCAUCUGCGUCGUUCCCAUCACCACCAUCAUCAGCAUCUCCGACGGCCCCGUCAUCAACCCCAACAUCAUUUGCAUCCUCAUCAGAGACCUCACCAGCGCCGCAAAAGUCCCUGUCCGUACUCCUUACUCCCAUCGACGCGCUCGCGCUUCUCGUCACCGCCAUCGGCCACGACGUCGGCCAUCCCGGAGUCACAAACAGUUUCCUGAUAUCCGCGCGCUCGCCACUAGCACGCAUCUACUCCGACCGCAGCGUGCUCGAAUCCUUCCACUGCGCCGCGUUCAGCCAGAUCCUGCACCGGUACUGGCCCGCGGUGCAUCAACAGCUUGAAAUCAAGGGCAUCAUGGUCGAGAGCGUGCUGGCGACGGAUAUGGCGAUGCAUAAUGAAUACAUGCAGAAGAUUACGGCGGUUGUCAAGGCGAUUUCGGAAGGGGGUGAUGUUGUUGUUGAAGGCGAUGGUGGCUAUCGAAAACGGCUGCUGUGUGCGUCUUUGAUAAAAUGUGCUGAUAUCAGUAAUGUUGCACGCAUAAUGGAUAUAUCGACUCACUGGGGAACAGUAUUAACCGAAGAGUUCAAGAACAUGGCUGAUCUCGAGCUGCGAUUGGGUCUCAAGCAACCCCCGCCUUCGCAACCUGCAACUACGACUCCGUCCUCAGAGCUCACAGCGCUCGCCAAGGGUCAGCUGUUUUUUAUAAACACCUUUGCCUAUCCGUUUUUCGAGACGGUCGGUAAAGGCGUUCCCGAGAUCGAGUUCGCUGCCGAGCAGAUCCGGAAGAAUAAAGCGGUUUGGGACCAGACUUUGAGUAACAUCAACGGUGGCGUAUAA